AUGAGUCAAGCAGCUCCAGUGAACCAUAAAAAUGGUCCACCGAGAGAUAGACAACCCUUCAUUCAAAAUGCAGUGAAUAACUAUAUCGAAAUUUCGGAUUCGGACUCCGAAGGCUAUGGAGAUGCUUUUGAUGUACCUCAAGUCCCCGCACAUCCCCCGCAUCUAGAUUUACAACAUCAUCAACUCGGAGGGUAUUUUGGUGCCAACAACCAGAUAUUUGAUCUCGAGGAUAACAACCUAGUGUAUCCAGGCCAAUUGCCUCAACCCGCAGUUGCAGCUGCACCCGAAAAUAAAGCAAUGGCCAGAAAUCUUUCUCCUGUCAAGAAUGAAGAAGGGGAAAUGAAUUGGGCGCAGUGGAUGGAUGAGGAAAAUGACGAAGGUAUCAAUCGUGUACUGUUGGAAGAUUAUACCUUUCGAGCGGAAUACAAUCGAGCUUCACACCCUCCUCCUUCGUUUGUUGAACCUUCUCGUCUCCAUCAACCAUUUGCGCCAUCACCAAACAAUUUAAAUCCACCUAUGAUGGAAACAAAGACGGAGUGUAUCAAUGCAGUGGUUGCAGUCUUCCCAGAGAUCUGUAGGGAUCAUGUCGCUAGUCUAUAUGAAAAGGUAUCUAUCACUUCUGGUCGACUGAUUGCUCACAUACUGGAUCAAGCGGAUACUGGAACUCCUUACCCAAAAGCAAAAGAUGUCCAGAAGCAAUUGAAGAGAAAGAGAGUACUCACCGAAGAAGAGGAAGCUAUACAAAAAUAUGAAGCCGCAGGUCGCGUCGUUGGGCCUGCUUUAUAUUUUGAGCGGACACUAAUUCGGAGCAUCCUUUCAUUUGAGUUUCCAGUAACUCCAUUGACCUUUGUAGAUGAUACACUACGUUCUACCGGCCAUCGUCUUUUCUCCGCCUAUCGCGCACUCGAGGAAGCAGAUCGAACUUUUGAUGCUAAUAAUCCACCAUAUAGGAGAAUUAAAACUCCAAGAAAAAUGCCAUAUGAGUACCAAGAUGGUAGAAUUGAUGAAUCUAUUCAAAGGAAUGAAUUUCCCGAGAAGACAGAGAUUUUAAAAGAACUACUUGUGUGUCGGAAGAUUCGAAAGACUGCGGAAAGUCGUCGCCUCGCCGAACAAGAAGUAAUACUCGCAGAAGAAGAGAAUCUAAAGAAAGCUGAAGCCGAGGGGACCAUGUCCGAAUGCUGCUGCUGCUAUUCCGACUAUCCACUCAAUCGCAUGGUGCAUUGCAACAAUGAACAAGUCCUACAUUGGUUUUGCCGUGGGUGUGCACGACAAUCAGCGGAGACCGAAAUCGGAAAUUCUAAAUAUCUGCUCAUGUGUAUGUCCACAGAUGGAUGCGAGGCAGGAUUUUCUCUUGAACAAAGAAAUCAAUUCCUAGACGAAUUAACCAUCGUCGCCUUGGAACGUAAUGAAGCAGAAGCUGUCUUGCGUAUGGCUGGUAUCGAAAAUCUCGCCAGCUGUCCAUUUUGUCCGUUCGCAGCAGAAUAUCCUCCUGUCGAAGUCAAUCGAGAAUUUCGAUGUCAAGCUCCUGAUUGCGAAAAGGUCAGUUGUCGACUUUGUAAAUUGGAGUCGCAUAUUCCUAUGACUUGUGAAGAAAAUACCAAGGCAAAUGGUCUCUCGGUUAGACGACAAAUUGAGGAAGCAAUGUCUGCAGCAAUGAUUAGGAAUUGUAACAAAUGCGGUACUCCAUUUGUAAAGGAAGAAGGUUGCAAUAAAAUGACAUGCACACGCAAUGGAUGUUAUAACGUUCAAUGCUAUGUUUGUUCCAAAUCAUGCAACUACGAUCAUUUUAAUGAUGUAAGGAGAGGUGGUAAAGAAGGAAAUUGUCCACUAUUUGAAUCAGUGGAGGAACGACAUAAUGAUGAAGUUAAGAAGGCCGAAAAAGAAGCACUGGCAAAAGUUCGUGCAGAACAUCCCGAAUAUUCCGAGGAGGACUUGAGAGUUAAGAUGUCGGAAAAUGUCACCAAGGAUGAUGAAAGGAGAAAGGCUAUGGAUCCAAGAGUUCAACAUGCCUAUUUUCGACCGGUAGCAAUGGGACAACAAGAAUUGCAUCGUGAUCAUGAUUUGUAUAUGCAGUUUCAGGAUAGGAUUAGGAGGCAUGGACGAAAUUUAAGGAUCGCGAUAGGGGGAGAUGAUGGAGAUGAUCAUCUCCGGAAUAUGGAAAAUAAUAUGGUUGGGGCACCGCAGCUUGGGGAUGAUGAAUUCGAUGAGGAUGAGGAUGAUGAAUUCGAUGAGGAUGAGGAAUUGGACGAGAACGAAGGGGUCAUGCAGCCUGGACUCCCUGCUCAGCAAAUGGAAGAUGGUUACGGAAAUCCAGUCUUUGAUCCAAUGGCUCGUCAAUAUCUCGAAGGUGCGAGAGCGAUGUAUGCAGAUGUGGAGAGGGAGAGGGGGGUUGGUGGGGUACUUCCUGCUCCUGUUCCUGCUCCGGCUCCCGCUCAAGCUCAAGUACCCAAACCCAGAAAUAGACAUCUGAUUGCAGAUUUGCAAAAACAGUUGAGGGGUCUGGCAGGACACAUGAAUGAAAUUCUAGACGCUGGGGAAGCGGGCGGAGAGGAUGGGAAUAGGAAUGGAAAGGGAAAGGGAAAGGAGAAGUUUCCUCUUGCACCAAUACCUCCGGCACCGCGUGUUGUCGCGAGACAGAGAGAUGGGGAGAGAUAUGGAGGAAGAGGGGAUGAGUUGUUGAGGGAUAUGGCAGAUGCGUAUCGUGCGCGCAAUGAAGCGAGGAUGAGGAGGGCAAGAGGAGUCGUGCUGCGCAGGCAGUUGGGAGAAGAACGAGAUGGGCUGGGGCUGGGGGUGGUUAGAGAAGAGGGUGGGGAUCUGCAAAUUCCUGUUUUGCCGGGUGUGAUGGCGCGGCGGGGGGGUGAGGAGGAGGAGGGGAAUGGGGAUGCAAACGGAAAUCAGAAUCGCCUUCUCCCAAAUCCUGUCGCACGGAAUGGAGAUGGAGAUGUUAAUGGAAAUCAGAAUCCUGGUCUCCCAAAUCCUGUCGCACGGAAUGGAGAUGUGAAUGAAGAUGCAUUUGCAGAGAGGGACAGGGAGAGGGAGAGAGAGAGAAUCCGAAGGAGAGAAGCGUACGGAGAAACGGUUCGACAUUUCCACGGAUUACUUAACCCUCAACAUGCGAAUAGAAAUGGAGAUGCAGAGAGGGAGAGGCAAAGAAUUCUCGAUAGAAACCAGGAACAUACUCGACAACUUCGUGAACGAAAUCGAUUACGGGGGGAGAUUGCAUAUGGAGAUGGAAUUGCAGAUGCGGCUGCGGCUGUAGAUAGGGAGAGAAUCCGAAAUGCAGGAAGAGAAGCGGUGGAAGAGGCACAGUUACUUCGUGAACAGCGUCGAUCGCAGUUUGAGAUUAUUUGCUGGACCCCCUCGGCUAGAAAUUGGAGAUGCGGGGGAAAUUAG